AUGGCAAAUACAAAAGGAGUGGCCAAUUAUAGAAACCCAUUGUGUCCCGGAAAACCGUCAUUUCUUCCUCCCAGAAGUCCUUUUCCGAGCAUUUCUCCAGCUUAUGCGGAUCAUGUCGGACCUAAAGGCUCCCACAAACCGAGAGAAGGACACAACCGCCACCAGCGUACUUCAUCUGAGAGCUUUAUUUUUGAGGAGCAACCUUCUUGGCUCGAUGAUCUCCUUAAUGAGCCCGAGACGCCUGUGAAGAAGGGAUCUCAUCGCCGUUCUUCAAGCGACUCCUUUGCAUACUUGGACGCAUCCUCCAUCAGUUCGAAGAUUGAGGAUGUGGCUCGCGAGGAACUCAGAGACAGGAGUUUUGGAAGACUACAGGAGCUUAGUCAUGGUAAAACAAUGCAGUAUCCUUCCUACUGUGCGGGAAUGAACAGCCUUGGAAGACCACAAAACAGAGGAAGGGAACCCGUUCUGAAUAGUAUGGCCCUUCCUAGUAGCCUUCCACCAACGAAGGAUAUGGUUGUGAUCCAACAAGGUCCAACAUCAUACGAUGCUAUCAGGGAAGCUGAUUCCUUGAUGUGUACCCUCACAAAAAAGAACGAAGAGGAAGAAUCUGCAACGCAGGAUCCAAAAGGUUUGUCAGAGAAAAAGGAAGAUCCAUCUUCUGACCAUUCUCAGACCGAGGCAGACCCAAAACGUGUCAAGCAGUAAGUUUUCAGCUGGUCGUCUUCCAUUCUGAGAGCUGCAUCUCUUCAAUCAUCUAAAUUUGUUGAUUUUUCAGAAGCAUUACUAUUUGCAUCUGUCAGGAAUAGUUCUAUUUAUCUAUCCAUACGAAUAUUGGUUACAAUUGUUUGAUUCAUCUUUUGACUGGGUUCUUAAUGGGGUAAUCCCCCAAAAGAUGAUUACAACCCAAAUGUUUGCCAGCUCCUCGAAGAAUUUUCUUGGAUCAGGAAGUGGGUUGGUGUUAAUUUUUGCAUAAAUUUCCUAGAAUUUUAAGAUCCGAACCUUGUUCCUUGUGGUCAUUUUUGCUAUGUCCAAGAUCUUUAGAGCAGUCUCCAGUUUCCAACAAAUCAGUGAACUCAAACAUUACCAUGGCAGGAAAUUCGCCCAGCGGUCCCGUGUUCGGAAACUCCAGUACAUAGCUGAAUUGGAGAGGAACUGCCAAGCGUUACAGGCAAGUACCAUAGGUGGAGUUCGAGGGACAGAUGAUCGUUUUCCUUGCAUCGCUCUCCCAUCCUUGCCAAAAACGUAAAACUCGCCAACAUGUUUGUCACACUGCAGGCUGGAGGCUGUGAAGUCUCCGCAGAAUUGGAGUUCCUAGACCAGCAGAAUAUCAUCCUGAACCUGGAGAACACGGCUCUGAAGCAGCGAUUAGACAGCUUGGCGCAGGAGAAGUAUAUAAAGCACCGUGAGUCUUCUUGGAGUCUCCCCAUCUGUUCUAUUCGACUAACUCCCCUGCCUAAAAAGGUAUUGAAUCUUGAAUGUGCCUCUCUUAUCCUGCAGUCCAGCAGGAGAUGCUUGAGAGGGAGAUCGCUCGUCUCCGGGCACUUCAUCAACAGCAGCAGCUGAAUCAACAUCACCUGCAAGAGCAGCCAAUCGCAACCCACGGUCGCAGCCGCAGUAGAGAUCUCGACGCACAUUUUGCCAACCUCUCAUUGAAACACCGGGAGGGGAACCCCACACGGGAUCCAGUGACUGGCCCACUCCGCAUCUGA